AUGACAGAUUCAGCUGGUGUUUUCACGACUGCAGUGCUCUCUAUUCUGAUUUUCGUGGGAAUCAUUGGAAAUUCAAUGGUCUGUAUUGUCAUACUGAAACAUCGAGAUAUGAGGUAGGCAUAACCCCUGAACCACAAUCAAUGUUUUUACUUGCUACUGAAAUAAAUGUUUGUUGAGAGAGUUAUCUCAUAAUGUUCCAGCUUUUUCUAACAUCGUUGGACUUAUGGUCAAAUAUUACAGAUGAUAAAAGAAAUAAAAGAGUCAAUUGCUUAUAAUUCAUUUCUUCACCUCCUCAGAGUUCCCAUCAAUUAUCUUCUUGUGAACCUGGCAAUGGCAGAUAUCAUGUUUGCUACGUUUAUCGCCCCGCAGUACAUCUUGAGUCAGGCGUUCACCCAUCCUGGCGGAGUUACUGGUAAAGUUUUAUGCAAGCUGUUAACUGGUGGGAACUUCGCGUGGGUAGGAGCCGCAUCUUCCGUGUUUACUUUGGUGAAUAUUUCGAUGGAACGUUACUAUGCGGUGAUGUAUCCUCUGAGCAAUAAAGGAAAUCUUUCCGAACGCAAAAUCAUGGUAAGUGACGCGCUGAGGAAGAAAGUCUUCACUUUUCUAUUGAACCGUUUUACUAUUGUUUCGGACAGUCUCCCGAGUAUCACUUUGUUUCACAUGAUUUCAAGUAUAAAGACUGAAUCCUUUACAUUUUCAUGUUAAUGCGUCCCAAGAAUUAAAACGAAGUGGAUGUGGGAGAUGAGGAUACCGUCAGUUUGUUGUUAUUCAAAUAAUAGCAUCAUGGUAGUUAUGCAUUAAUUAAUUUUUUUCAGGUAAUCAUUUCCGGUGCUUGGAUGUUUUCUGUGAUUGUGAACGCUCCAGUUUUCUUGGUCGUUGAAUUUAUAAAUGAAAGCAGUGCUUGUGAAAGAAAAUGGCCUGAAAAAUGGAUGCCAAGGGCUUACAAUGUGGCUUGGUUUGUCGUCAUGGCAAUUAUUCCCUUGAUAAUGAUGGCUGCAUUAUAUUCCAGAGUGGUUUACAGGUUGUGGUUUCAACCUGCUGAGAACAGCGAGCUUACCCAACAGCAAAAGGUUUGAACUAAGAAAGCACUCGUAUUUUGCUUUUUUUUUUAAUUAAAAACUAAACUUCGACCCCUCUUUGAAUUAUGAUUUGAGCAAAAUGAUUGAUUGCAGCCAUCUUUUGAUCUCUAAUUUGAAAGGGUGUAUUGAAGCUACGUAAGCGAGUCACUUUGGCAGUCGUUGUUGUUAGUGUUAUCUUCGGGAUCUGCUGGAUUACAGACUCCAUUGUCUAUAUCGUGAGCCAUUUCAACACCGAAAGCUUUGGUCCAGCGGUGUACUCUGUUUCCAACACGAUGAUCAUGUUAAACUCAGCUGUAAAUCCGUUUGUAUAUGGUCUGGUAAAUCAGAGAUUCAGGAAGAAGAUCAAAAUCAUGCUUGGUUGUACAUUUACUUCUCGAGUGAGAGUCCAUGUCUCCAGGGAAACGCAUUCCACAGAAAUGUGA